AGCCUGUCUGCGGCCCACCGAAGGUCUGUGUCCCCUUGGCAGCCAAGAGACGUGGACAGGGUGGGGCUGCCCCAAGCAGCAGCUCUGUUGGGACAUGAGCCUUUGUGGAUCCAGGCCUUGGAAUCUGAGGCAGGGGGCACACGUGGAGACCCGAAAGGUUGACCCCAACCCAGCAGGUGCUCCCGUUCAAUCACCUCAAAGACCUCGCAGGUAUCUGCCAUUGCCAAAGAACAGAGACGUCACAUCCCCAACUGUCCACCUGCCAGCAGGUUCCGCCCCUGAAACCUCCCAAGUUCCUGCAAGGAAAGGAGACAAGGGGUAGGGAGAAGAGUCACACAGGGCCAGGCUCCCCAAAACUCCUCAAGCGCAGGUCCUCUGAGCAUUGUCCACCCCUCUUGGGGCCCAUCCUCUCUCUUGAGCUGGUCCGUGCCCUGGCCUCGCCCUAUUUCAUCUUCCCCCAGGCUGGCCCCCAUGAGGGAUUCUUGAGCAGCUCACUUCAGGGUCAGUGUGGAUGGCUGUGAGAUGCAGACAAACCCCACAGAGCUUACAGAAGGCUACUGUAGGGAGCCCAUGGGAUUCAGGAGCAAAGGAGUGUUGAACACCAAGUGGAUGCCCAGAGAGUCACUUGCAACCUUUUUCGCACCUUGGACAGAAGCUGGGUCCUGGUGCUCUAUCCUGUCUCCCCACCAGCCUCCUCCCUGCUUCACUGAGCCUUUCCUGCCUGUGUGCUUGGCCCCUACUAUCCCUCCUUUCCUCCACCCUCCUCGAGUCCACCCUCCCAGCACCAGGGGUGGUCAGAGGCUCCAGCCCUGUUCCUGUGGGAACAGCAACCAUGAGCACCCACCUUCCCCCAUGUCUUGGCCCUAAGUUGUCCUCCCCCAAACCUUUUUGAUCAUGUUGGGCCACGUCCUGCCAGCCUGACCCUUCCACUCAACCGUGAACAGGUCAUGACUAUAAAAGGUAUCCGUGGGCUUUCUGGGUCAAGACGAUGGACUGAACACAUGCAUCUCACUUGGUCCAGAAGACCACUGAAACCACAGAGAGCCCUUAAAGCAAACCCUUAAGAAUUCCCUGGCGGUCCAGUGGUUAGGACUCUGCGCUUCCACUGCAGGGGGCUCGGGUUCGAUCCCUGGUUGGGGAGCUAGGAUUCCGCAAGCGGCACGGCCAAUAAAUUAACUGUAACACAAACCUACAAAUAUGAGGAUGGUAAAAGAGGAGGCAGCGGCAUUCUGAAGCUAGAAGUAGUUGGGGGUGGGAGAGCUGUCACUGAUUUGGGGAAAGCCAAAUGCUGAGUUGGCGCUGGCGGAAGGGGAAGGAGAUUCCAUCAGGCUUACGCUGCAGAAUUCCAGAAGACUUGAAAACCAGCAGCCCCCUGGAAGGGGAGACCCAAAACAAAGAUGACUGAGUGGGAGCUCCUGGAGACGCUGUUAGAGCUCCAGCUCUUCCCACAGGGUAGAUGGUGGAAGAGUCCUUUCUGGGGAAUCCGAACAGUCCCAGAGAAAAAAUCAAAUCCCUGGUAGCCAGGGAUUCCUAGGUAUUAGAAGAAACUCAAACAGGCAGGCAGAUGCACCUUAGGAUCGAAAUAAUAAGUCAUUGUUCACCCAUUUGAUGUGUGGAAGCAAAACACCCUGACCCACAGUCAGAUUUUAAAAACAAUAACAUCGUCUACUGAUAUAUACUAGUUCUGGUCCCCAAAGUAAAUAAAAGGCUGAACACGUCCCAUAAUUCUGGACAAAAACCUCCAGCCCUCACUUUGCAGUACUGAUCUAGCUGAAGGCAUGUCUGAGACUCUGAGGGUAUAAAUCAUGGAACAGUUUCUUCAUCAGGAGAUGGGUGCCUGCUGUCCCCCCCCCGCCCCUGCAGGGCGCUCAGCAGUGGUCGAAUGAAGGACCCCAGCACCAUCCUCGCUGGAGAAAUUCCCGGGGAUGGCGGAGAAAGCCCGUGGGUUAGGCCAGCCUUCCUGGUAGGUCCCUGCUUCCUCCUAGGACCUCGGGCCGUUGUCUUGGAAACAGCUGGAGCAGGUUGGUUAUGCUCCAGGGGUUACCAAGGCGUCCGCCGGGCGACCAGAAAGAAGCCUCAGGUAGGGCUCUGGGGGAGGAGCCUAGGCGUAGCGCCAACCCUGAUUGACCGAAAGGUCACGCUCCUCCCCAUCCGUCACCUCCUGCCAAUAGGCGCCGGGCCUGUUGUGCACAUGCGCAGGAUUCGAAGGUACCAUACGUCUCCGCCGUUGGUCCCCUUUGGUGGCCCCAAGAAGACUCCCGGCACAGCAAUGCCAUCCCCACUGGGCCCCCCGAGUCUGCCCUCUGUGGACCCCGAGGCCACCCAGGAGGAUCCUGAGGCAGCACGCCAGCGCUUCCGGGGCUUCUGCUACCAGGAGGUGGCCGGUCCCCGCGAGGCCUUGGCCCAGCUCCGGGAGCUCUGCCGCCAGUGGCUGCGGCCCGAGGUGCACUCCAAGGAGCAGAUGCUGGAGCUGCUGGUGCUGGAGCAGUUCCUGGGCGCGCUGCCCCCCGAGAUCCAGGCCUGGGUGCGGGGACAGCAACCAGGCAGCCCUGAGGAGGCCACUGUCCUGGUCGAGGGCCUGCAGCAUGACCCUGGGCAGCUUCUGGGCUGGAUUACAGCACAUGUCCUGAAGCAAGCGGUGCUCCCAGCCGCACAGAACACAGAGGAGUCUGUGGGGAGCUCCCACCCUUCAGGGACAGUGGAGCCCCGAAAGGCAGCCUCUUGGGAGGGGUCCAAGGAUGCCCAGUUGGAGGAGAAUGCCCAGCUCAGCUGCAGCGUGAAGGAGGAGCCUGAUGGCUACGGGCAGGAGACAGCACCGUCCAGCCCCCCACAUCCAGCCCGGUCCCAUGAGGGGCCCGCUGAACAACAGGAACCGACCUCCGUGCCCUUUCAGCCACCCAGGAUUCAGGAGGAGUGGGGGCUCCUGGACCGGUCACAGAAGGAGGUGUACUGGGACGCGAUGCUGCAGAAAUACGGCACGGUGGUCUCCCUGGCAGGGUUGCCGUGUCCCCUGCCGGAGGCGCGCACUGAGCCGGAGCCGGAGGCGCUGAGCACCGGAUCCGAGGGAGCGAGAAGCCUCCUCCCGGGUGAGUGGCCUCCCGCUCCCCGGUGGCGACGGGGGCGGGGGGGCGGGGAGCCCAGGCCGCCCCGCGCCUGGGGGGCUGCGGGCGGAGUCACCAGGCGACCUGGCUCUGCCACCUCUGGCCCUCCACCAGGAGGAGAGAGCGAGAGCUCCCGAGAGGGCCGGCCCGGCUGCCCGGAGGCCCCGCCGCCCGCGCGGAGCAAGCCCUACACGUGCGCGCAGUGCGGCCGCACCUUCGACUGGAAGUCGGUGUUCGUCAUCCACCGCCGCGCGCACGCGGGCGGCCCGGGCGCCGAGAAGCAGCCGGUGGGGCCGCCCCGGCGCGCGCUCCCGGGCCCGCGCAGCUACGCCUGCGAGGAGUGCGGCCGCAGCUUCAGCUGGAAGUCGCAGCUGGUCAUCCACCGCAAGGGCCACGCCGGCCAGCGGCGCCACUUCUGCGGCGACUGCGGCCACAGCUUCGACUGGAAGUCCCAGCUGGUCAUCCACCGCAAGAGCCACCGGCCCGAGGCCCCGUGAGCGCAGGAGGGGCGCCUCGCCGGGGCCCCGGGCCCAGCCCGCCCCUGCUACUCCACUCCGCCGCAGCCUGGAGAGCUGGAGGCCGCCCAGGCCAGAAGUCAGAGUCCCAGGAGGGUCCCCCACCCCCGAUCAGUCUCCCCCCAAAGACGCGGCUCCCUCCUCUCCUGUCUCGCCCACCCCACCUUUCAGAGAGAGAGGCCUGGGCUCCAGUGCACCGACCCACCGGACCCGCGGCGGCCAGGUGGCUUCCAAACCCCUUCCUGUGACAUGGUGCAGGCCGGUGCAGGAAGCCCAGGAGCGCACAGCCUACUUCUGUUUGCAGGCAGGUGGAAGGCUAAAGUCUGGCCACUGUGCGUUUUAGAUUUUUAACAAAUUCCAGUUUUCUCCUGGAGAAGCUUCUGCGUAAGAAUCCUGAUCUCUAGUCUCUGCUGGUCGGAUCAGCAGCCCCUGCCCUUCCUGCCCGGCAGUUGGAGCUUCAGAGCUGCCUGCCCACGAGCAGGGUCGGUGUCCGGCUUACCUGUUCCUCGGCCACACACAUCACUCCCUGGCCUUGUCCUUCCAGCUGUCGAGUCCCAGCCUGAACGGACAUUAAGGGAACUUCUUUCCAAGUCUGGAUGGACAAGCAUGGCGUCUGAGAACAGAUGUGACUUAGGCCACGCAUGCUGGCAGGUGAGUGAGUCACAGAGCAGGAGGGCGGAGGAUCAGCCGCCUGCUGCCCACGGCAGUCCGUCUGUGGGCAUUCAGGACUUUGGCCAGUGUACUGUACUACUUUCCUGCUGUUGCUCUAACGAGCUCGGUGGCUUGAAACAACACAAAACGUACUCUCUUAGGACUCUGAACUGGGUCUCACUGGGCCCAAUCAAGGUGUCAGCACAGCUGGUUCCUCCUGAAGGCUCUAAGGGGGGAAUCCACUUUAAGGCUUUUUCUAGCUUGUAGAGGCUGCCACGUUCCUCGGUGGUGGCCCCUUCCUCCAUCUUAAAAGCCAGCAGUGGAUGGUUAAGUCUCAUGCUGCCUCCCCCUUGUAAAGACCCUCAGGGUUACAUCUACGGCUCCCCUGGUAACCCAUGAUGAUCUCCCCAUCUCGGGGUCACAUCUCAUCCAUGCCCCACCUACACACCUGAUCUCAUCUGCAAAAUCCCUUCUGCACGUGAGACAGCAUUCACAGGUUCCAGGGAUUAGGACAUGGGUGUCUUUGGGGACUGUUAUUCCACACCCUUCUCUGUCACCUUUCUGCUCUGAAAACAAGGGACAUUUUUGUGGGACGUGGUUUCAGGGAAACAGGUGCACCCACAGAAGGAGCCCUCCGCAGCCUCAGGCUCAUGCAGGGGUGGCAGGUGGGUGUUGAGUGUGGCUGUGACCAUGGUUACUAGCAGAGGUGGGGUGGACACCUGGGCUGCGUGGGGAGGACCUUGCUGCAGCCUGAAACUGGGAGGGAGAGGCCUCCAUCUGGAGGACCCGUCUCCUCCAUGCCCAGUCUUCUGAGGACCUUUGACCUGUCGGCCACACUCAGGCCUGGGGAAGUAGAGCCAGGCUGGAGAUGGAACCGGGCACUGGUGAUCUUGUUACCGAGUCCCAGCUUGUACUGCUGGCCGCACCACAGGCCAAUAAAUUGAGAGCCGAGUUGUUGAGGCAAGGAAUAGUGACUUUAUUCAGAAAGUCAGCGGACUCGGGACUUCCCUGGCGGUGUAGUGGUAAGAA